GAAGAGGAAACCACAUCCUUUGCAGCGUUAAGAGAAGUAAGAAGAAGAAGAAGAUAAAUCGAUUCUUUGUCUGGAAAUUCAAUGGCGGUUUCUUCUGUAACUUCGUUCAUAUUACCCUCUUUCGCUAACCAUACCUCUUCUACUAGACAGAAAGUCUCUCUGCUUUCAUUGCUUCCAUCUUCUUCUACUCAUGGCGGCAUUGGCUCCUGCGUCCUCACCAAACCCUCCACCUCGUUUACGAAGAGGGUCUUCGCAGCUCCCGAAACCCUAACUCCAGAAACUCUCGAUGAACCUUCCUCUGAGGAUUUCUCCGAGGUUCCAAGCUCUUCCUCCAUCAGUGUAGACGCAGAUAAGAUGGCGCCGAAGCAAAAGAUUAGGAUCAAGCUUAGAUCAUACUGGGUGCCUCUCAUUGAGGACUCAUGCAAGCAGAUACUUGACGCUGCGAGGAACACCAACGCCAAGACCAUGGGUCCUGUUCCAUUGCCAACAAAGAAGCGUAUCUACUGUGUUCUCAAGUCUCCCCACGUUCACAAGGAUGCAAGGUUCCAUUUUGAGAUCCGGACUCACCAGCGGAUGAUUGAUAUUCUCUACCCUACUGCUCAAACCAUCGACUCCUUGAUGCAACUGGAUCUUCCUGCUGGUGUUGAUGUGGAAGUUAAACUCUGA